UUUAAUCCUCCUCCUUCCUCUCCUUCCUCUCCUUCCAUUUUUCUCUUAUUUCUGGUAAUUAUUUUUUAGUUUUCUUGUCAAGAAAAUGGCGGAAUGGUCCCAACUGCCGCACGAAUUGUUGGAGCUGAUAGCGAAACAACUAACGACCUAUUUCGACGUUCUCCGGUUUCGUGCCGUUUGUUCGACAUGGCGAUCAGCUGUGUCGCCUAGGCGGUAUCGCUUACCAGGCCGAUUCCCGAUUCUAACCAACGAAGAGGUUACCGAUACCUCUGGGGGCUUCUAUCUUUCCAAGCGUUCAAUCUUCCGAUUGGGGUUACCGGAGAAUCAUCGUCAGGUCGUAGCCGGAGCAGGUUCUGACGGUUGGCUCAUUAAAGUAGAAGAAGACACCCCGGAGGUUAUGCAUCUCUUGAAUCCUCUCUCCAGAAACCAAAUCAAGCCUCUACCGGCAACAUUUCCCAAGGUAUUGGACCUUUCAGAGAUCCGAGUCUCCGAAUUGGGUCAAGAAUAUGUUCUGCAGUACGUCGACUAUCGCUCCUCGGGCGAUGCCGAUAAUUUGUACAUGGAGAAGGUCGUCUUCUCUCUCAAUCCUGCUUAUGGUCAUGAUUAUAUGCUCCUCACUAUUCAUGUUUCUGGAAAAUUAGCCAUGUUUAAGUCGGGAGAUGAGACAUGGACGAUUAUACAAGAUCUGACUUUCCCUUACGAUGAUGUCAUACAUUUUAAAGGGAAAUUCUAUGCCGUUGAUCACACAGGAAGAACGGUCACUGUUGAUUCGUCGCCUGCUGUGACUGUAAUUGCAUUCCCUGUAUUUGGUGGUGACAAGAAGUUUUUGGUGGAAUCCGAGGGGGACCUAUUGCUGGUAGAUAUGUACCUAAGCGUCGGCCCUGAUGAUGAUCCCAACAAUAACGAGGAUGAGGAUGCAAUUUUUGGACACAUUGAUUCCUACAUAAUUGAGAAAACUGUUAAAUUUGAGGUUUUCAAGUUAGAUCCAGGCAGGCAGAAAUGGGUUUCGAUGAAAAGUUUGGGUGACAGGUUGCUGUUCUUGGGUGACAAUUGUUCGUUUUCUGCUUCAGCUUCCGACUUCGCCGGUUGUAAAGGGAACUGCAUAUAUUUCACCGACAACUUUUUCCAUUCGAACGGAGAAGAGGAUGGUGCACCAUUCAUGGAUCAUGAUAUAGGUGUGUUCAAUUUAGAGGAUGGUAGUAUUGGACCAUUGGCUUCUUAUCCAGGAUAUUCCAAGUUAUUUUGGCCACCUCCUUCUUGGAUUGCAUCGACAAUGUCAGAAGAAUGCAACCGGUUCAAAGAUCUAACCUUGUGAAGAUGAUUGGCAUGGAUUCCUGGUUUACCACAAGAAGAAUCACUGCACGUCUAUACUUGGAAGGAUAUGAAACAACAGGGGAGCUUCCUCUCGUGGCAUUCAUACCCGUGGAGCUUCUCACAUUUGCAGCGUUUUACAUUUGCAAAGAAUUAAUUUUCUUCUCUAAAUAGGUAGGUGUCCUACUUGUCUCAGCCCAUGUAGAAGAGGGAACUGUCAGUGGACACAAGCAUGCUUUCUGUGAACAUAACACUACGCUAAGCCAGCAGAACAUCAAAAAGAAAUGUAAAUAGUGUACACCAUUAUAUGAUAAAUCAUAUAAAUGAACAUCCUUGUUUAUAAUCAUACGCAAGCAACUUCAAUACAUGUACCACAGGUAGGAGUGGUUUCUACUGU